AUGAAAUUCUCCACAGCAGCUUUAACUUUUACUUUAUUUGCUAUUGUCAAUGCUGGUGUUGCUAAACCAAAGUAUUACAAACCAAAAACUAAGUUGGUUGGUUUAGAAACCGUUGAUUAUGAAUUUGCUUUAGGUGUUAAAGAAAAAUGUGAUGGUGAUACCAUUUAUUUAGCAUUUGAAGUUGGUGAUGGUCAAUUAGAACAUAAUGGUCAAGUAGUUGAUUGUAAGUGUGAAAAGGAUAAACGUGGUUAUUCUCCACCAGCUCCAGUUGAAUAUUGUACUAUUGCUAAAGAAGAUUGUGUUGAUACUUUUACUUUAUGUGAAAGUAUCUUAAAGGAUGAAUGUGAACGUAUUGGUGAAAUUGUUGCUAAUCAUCAAUUCCAAUUUGAUAAUCCAAUUCAACCUGAUGCAUUAUUUACUUGUGGUUGGUCUAUUAUUGAAGAUGAUGGUUAUUUGUUGUUGGGACUUAAUGGAUGUACUGAUUUCUGGGAAUGUCCAGUUGAUGAUUGUGGUACUUACAAGUUAUACGAUGCUUCCAUUGAUUCCAAAUGUAAAGAAGUUGAAAUUAUUGUUCUUUUGAUUGAAGAAGAAGAAGAAUGUCCACCAGAACCAUGUGAACCAACUCCAGAACCAUUUACUCCACCAUACAAGGGUCAUAAAGGUCACAAAGGUGGAAAAUGGUAA